CCGAUGACCCUUUGAAAAGUAAAUAAUCUUCCUUCUUCGAAGUCUCAGAGUCCCUUUCUCAAAAAUGGCUUGGACUUACAAACAAAUAGUACUUGCCGUAAUGAUGGUUGUGACGGGUUCUAUAAACACCAUCUCAACGAAAUGGGCAGACAGACAGGAUGCAGUUGGAAGAGAUGGAAUUAAUCACUCAUUUGACCAUCCAUUCCUGCAGGCAGUUGGGAUGUUUUUGGGUGAAUUUUCCUGCCUCAUAGCUUUCCAAAUAAUAAAGCUGUACCAUCGAGUUCGCCACCCAGAGCAGGAACAGAAUAUGGGGAACCAGGGCUUUAACCCCCUCAUCUUCCUCCCCCCGGCCAUCUGUGAUAUGUGUGGGACAUCACUGAUGUACAUUGGACUUAAUUUAACCUAUGCCUCAAGUUUCCAGAUGUUGAGAGGUGCUGUCAUCAUUUUCACAGCCCUCCUUUCCGUGGCUUUCCUCGGAUCAACAAUACGUAAACUGAUGUGGGCGGGGAUAUUCACCGUCCUGCUAGGUCUGGCAAUGGUAGGAUUGUCCGAUAUUUUAUUUGGAGACCAAUCAGCUCAGACAGAUACAAAUGGAAUCAUCGCAGGUGACCUGUUGAUUAUAAUGGCUCAGAUCAUUGUGGCGGUACAGAUGGUGUAUGAGGAAAAGUUUGUCACCAGAUACAGCAUCCCAGCAAUGCAGGCCGUGGGAUGGGAAGGGUUUUUCGGGUUCACCGUUCUGGGACUCCUGAACAUCGUGUUCUUCUACAUUGAUGCCGGUGCCUUCAGUAAAUUACCAACUCAGAAGUUAGAAGAUCCUAUAGAUGCUUUUAUACAGAUAGGGAAUAGCUGGAUUAUUUUAUUAGCAACUGUGGGAAAUAUUGUUAGUAUAGCAUUCUUCAACUUUGCUGGAAUUAGCGUUACAAAGGAGCUAAGUGCUACAACACGCAUGGUGCUAGACAGUGUUCGGACUCUUUUUAUCUGGCUGUUGACCCUGUUCUUGGGUUGGCAGGGAUUCCAGGUGCUGCAGUUGAUAGGAUUUUUCAUCUUAUUGACGGGAAUGUGUCUCUACAAUAACAUCAUCAUAGUCCCGAUCGUACAACAUAUCCGCGAGAGGCGAGCUCAGUAUAGGAACUUACAGGACGUAGGAGGGGAAAACGACAGACUUAUCAACGACCAAUCUACGACAGGAGGAAGUGGUUUCAGUGACCCGGCCUCAACCUAAAGGUCAGUCAGCUGGACAGGAGGUACACUGGAAUAGGUUGACCAACACUGACAUUUGUACAGAUUUCUGUGAUACUAAAACUUUCAUAUAGAUCAUAAAUAACAGGUUCUUCUGGUGAGUGUUUACAAGGACUUGAUUCUGUAGCUCUUGAUUUGACUGUAAUUAAGAGCAUAUUCACUUUUUGUACAGAAUGAUUGUCUCAGCUUCCUCUCCAUUAAAACAAAACAUGUAGUAAUUAAUCAGUAUUUAAUAAUCAACAACGAUAACAUAUAUCUCUUCAUAAAGGCAACGAAUGUAAAUUAAGUUUAACAGCAAUCCAAAUGCCCUUGCUUGUGGUGUCAAAACUUUAUCCUUGCUACAGUCUUAGAUACAGUUGAAUUUUGAUAUCUCAAACACUAUUAUCUUAAAUACCUUGAUAAUGUGAAACUAGUUUUAUUUUAUUAUUUAAGUAUUUUAUUAUUAUUUUCUCAAAUCAUUGGAUAUCUAUUAUUUUUUUCUUAUAGUCCCAUAAAGUUUGAGAUUAUUAGGUUUGACUACAAUGUAUAUAAGACUUCAUAUGUCCAGUUGAUGUUAAAAAUUGUUUUUUAGUACAUCAAUCAGGUUUUGUCUUGAAAAUUCAUUAGGCUAAGUUAGAGGCCCCUCAUUAGCAAUGUUCUUUUAUUUUGACUGUUUGGAAGAAAGCCCUUUCUUAUUGUUUCCUUUUAUCCAUAUAAAGAUAUACAAAAUGAUCAAAUUUUAAAACUAAAAUGUAGGAAUUUUUUCUUUGCCAAAUGAUAGUUGACAGCUUAAGAUACCGUAUCUAAAAAAUAAGUUAAAUCUGGUGGUUAAUUUGUGGUUAAUUUGUUGACCCCCCAGUCUCUUUAAAGUUAAAAACUUUUUUUUUUAUUGUCAAAAGGGAUACAAUUCUGAUCUUGAGAUAAUUAUAAUCUUCUAAUGAUACAGAAAUGACAAACAGAUACAUGUAAGAUGAAGCUACAAAAAGGUUACAACUUUAAAUUCAAGGUCAUUAUGUUUGUGAACAUAGAGCUAACAAAAAGGUACAGAAACAAUAUGAAGAGUAUAUGAACCUUGGAAUAAGUUGGUCCAUGAUACUCAGGUCACUGUAAAUGUCCAUAAGCCUUUAGUCCCUGCUUCUUUGAAACAUAUUAGUGCAAUACUGAACUUGUAUCAUUUCUCCACAGGCUGUAAUGAUGAGGGAGGGGGUGUGUGUUAUUAUUUCCAUUUUCCUCUGUUCAUAACUUUUUAUAUUGUAAUACAUGUACAGGUUUAGUAAAAAUACAGGUAUGAUUGUUUUAAAUAUAUAAAAUGUACAUAAUUAUAUGUGUAUUUUGGUUUUUUUUGUAUUGCAAUUGACAUGUUUUUAUAAUUAUAGAACCUGUAUGGGUUAAUAUCUUACCUUGCCAUUUCUUUUAAGUAAUACAAUUGGCAGUCCAACAAAGGGUUCAAGACCCAUAUGUCAUGGCCAUUAGUUGUAAGAAAUGGAGAAUUGUGGUAUAUAUUGGCACCAUAUAUUGACCUGCUUGAAAUCCCAUUGCUUUAAAUUUUUAUAUUAAUGUAUAUGUAUAUGAUGUUUUAAUGUAUAUAUAUGAUGUUUUAAUAAGUAUUUAUAAUACAUUUAAAUAAUUUGUAAUACUACGUAUAAUUUUUUUUUCAAAGAAAGUGUUGUGAAGAUUUUCAAUUUCAUUCCAACAUUGGCCUUUCAUGGUAGUUUACUGCUGAAAGCAAUGUCUCUUCAUUACCAUUAGUCCCCGGUUCAAUAUUUAUCUUUGCUAAUUUAAAAAUGCAAAUAAUUUUUUAAACUAUUGCUAAGUUGCAACAAUACUUAUAAGAUAGCUUUAAUUAAUUAACACCAAUAGAGGAACAGGAAGUAGAAAAUUGUGAUUGAUAAAGAAAGUAUGUUUUUAAAAAUGUGAAUGUGUUUUAAGCUCUCAACUCAAGGAAAGUAAUGGAGGACUCAAACAAAAGAGGAAUGUAACAAGUCGAAUUUAAUAUUUCUUAAUAGAGGAAUAUGUAUUUUUAUGUACAUAUGCAAGUAUCAUAUAUGAUUGUAUGCUUGAUAUGCUCGUUAUGCUGUAUGUGUGUAUUAAAUAUCUGAUGAUUAAUACAUAAAUAUCUGUGCACAAUGUUGUACGAAGCAUUUGAACUUGUUAGUUAUCUAAAGAAGAAUCUAUUUAUUUCAUUAAUUGAAAAGAAACUAAUUUAAAAAUGUGUAAGAAUGACUGUAAGAAUGACUGUAAAAAAUGAUAAUGA